AUGACGUCGUGGAUAAGAGUCGCAAUCGUUCCAAAUCAAAAUAACACAAUUCAACAGCAUUUGUACGGAAAGAACAGCAGCAGCGACAGCAAGACCAACAUGGGUUGCGGCUCCUCCCGAGAAGCACGGCCAGAGGCAGCUGAUCGUCCUGCCUCUGUGGUACCCUCCACACGUGCCAACCACACGGCCGGAAUCACCUCACAGACUGCCAUAAAUGCACCUCUAUCGACGACCACCUCGCGACACCAGUCUCGACUAGGCCCAGGUGUUUCGAGAUCAAACAUCUCAACGCCACGUUCGUCCACUACUGGCCGUCAAUUUCAGCAGCACGAAGCUCCUUCAACAGACCCCUACAAUACAGCACUUGUCUCACCACGGCCGUGGACAAGUAAGGAUCGGACAUGGACACGCUCGCAACUACAGCGCGAACGGACGGAUUUCUUCGAGACCCGCGUCACUGGUAGACCAGAAAUAUGGAGCGCGUUGAAAGAAGUCACGCAGUUGAUCCGUAUGCACGACCUGGCUGAUGCGCAGGGUAUACUCGAUGCUGCAGGGAUUACCAUGCCUACCGGGAAAUUGGAAGAUGGUGCCUAUGACGAACGAGGAAUGCUCUACCAUCUGCCUGCAAACAUUAUCACUGAUCCGGUGAACCUCGUUGACGAUGACGGUGGCGAGACUGUGAUUGGCGAAAUGUCCAUGGAUAAGAAGCUCGAGGCGAACGCUUUAUUACCACCUGCAUCGACAACUACCGACACAGCAAUGCAAGAGAAGGUAGACAAAGGCAAGGACACAAUCGAGAAAGAUGGAAUCAAAGUCAAAUGCAGGCUGAGCGAUCGUGGCGGACCGGACACGGUCAUUUUGAUUGGCAAAGGACAACCAGUCAGUGUGCUGGUGAGGAGACUGCGGAGUGAAGCUACUAUCGCUUCCAGUGCGAACGUGAGGAUUGUCUACUUUGGCAAGAUCUUGAAAGAAGCCCAAUCACUAGAAGAUCAGGGCUGGCAGCCUGGUCAUGUGGUUCAGGCGCUUGUGAGCAACUUUGGGCCAUAG